AUGCGCGGGGUCCGCGGGGGGGCGGGGCCCGCAGGGGGCGGGGCCGGGGGACGCGGCGGCGGCGGCGGCGGCGCGGGCCCGGGGCCCGAGGCCGGGGACUUCCUGGCCCGCUACCGGCAGGUGUCGAGCAAGCUGCGUAAGCGGUUCCUGCGGAAGCCGAACGUGGCGGAGGCGGGCGAGCAGUUCGCGCAGCUGGGCCGGGAGCUGCGCGCGCAGGAGUGCCUGCCGUACGCCGCGUGGUGCCAGCUGGCCGUGGCGCGCUGCCAGCAGGCGCUGUUCCACGGGCCCGGGGAGGCGCUGGCGCUGACCGAGGCCGCGCGCCUCUUCCUGCGGCAGGAGCGCGACGCCCGCCAGCGCCUCGCCUGCCCCGCGGCCUACGGGGAGCCGCUGCAGGCCGCCGCCAGCGCGCUGGGCGCCGCCGUGCGCCUGCACCUGGAGCUGGGCCAGCCGGCCGCCGCCGCCGGCCUGUGCCUCGAGCUGGCCGCCGCCCUGCGCGACCUGGGCCAGCCGGCCGCCGCCGCCGGCCACUUCCUGCGCGCCGCGCAGCUGCACCUGCCGCAGCUGCCCCUGGCCGCGCUGCAGGCGCUGGGCGACGCCGCCUCCUGCCAGCUGCUGGCGCGCGACUACAGCGGCGCCCUGGCCGUCUUCACGCGCAUGCAGCGCCUGGCGCGGGAGCACGGCAGCCACCCGCUGCGGCAGCCGCCCCCGGCCCCGCCGCCGCCCGCCCCGCCGCUGCCCCUGGCCCCGCCGGCGGCGGCGUCGACCUCGUCGGCCUCGGCCUCGACCUCGUCGGCCUCGGCCUCGUCCUCGUCGGCGCUGGGCGCCUUCUCGGACGUGCUGGUCCGCUGCGAGGUGUCCCGCGUGCUGCUGCUGCUCCUGCUGCAGCCGCCGCCCGCCAAGCUGCUGCCCGAGCACGCCCACACGCUGGAGAAGUACUCCUGGGAGGCCUUCGACGGCCACGGGCCCGACGGCGCCGGCCAGCUUCCCGACGAGCUGUUCCUGCUGCUCCAGUCCCUGGUCAUGGCCACCCACGAGAAGGACACGGAGGCCGUCAAGUCGCUGCAGGUGGACAUGUGGCCGCUGCUCAGUGCGGAGCAGAACCACCUGCUGCACCUCGUUCUGCAGGAAGCCGUGUCCCCGUCGGGGCAGGGCGUCUGACCACUCGCGCGCGCCAGCCCCGAAGCCGCUUUCCGCCUCUGGCCCCGUGGCCUGCUGCUGCCCCGCCGUUGGACCGCGGGCCGGCCGGCCGGCCGGCGGGCGGCGGUGCCCACGGACCGACGGGCAGGGGCCCGGCACUCGCACCUGUCUUGCUCUUCGCCCGCCCGCCUCCACCGGACGCUGCGGGACUGCAGCCUCCCGCAUCCCACAGGCUUCGUGCCGUCCCUGGCGCGGCAACCACCCCAGCAUCACGGGGUCAGCCUGGAGGACUUGGCUCUCUUCCCCAAGACGGGCCACGGGACACCGAGCGGCCCCUUUACCCCUGGCCUCUUCUUGCACCCAACUCCCCUGCGGGCCCCCACCCCCACCCCCACCCCCACCCUCCCGUACACCUCUGUUGCAAGUCGGACGGUUGGAUGUUGCACACGCCUCUCGGUUCCGUUUUUUGUUCGUCGGGGAUCUGCUUUAGCGCAGGCCGGUGUCUCUCCAGGUGCUCACCCAGGUUCUCCUUUGUUGCCCACGCCCCACGCGUACCCCUGGGGAGCACUAGAUGGCACGGGCCCUCGGGGCUGCUGCCCUAAAUCCACAAUAAAGCCGUUCUGAUGCCUCU